AUGAAGGAAAUCCGAAUCCGGUUAAACACGAAGCAUCAACAGCAUGCAUGGGCAGUUCGUGUGUGGAAAGAGUGGGCGGACGAAAGGAAUAGUAAAGUACCAGCCAACGAGAAAGUCGAGCCGGAUAUUUGUAAAGUCAGUGAUGUAGAACUUAUGCAUUGGUUAGCGAAAUUUGUUGUCGAAGUUCGGAAGAAAGCAACCAAAGGGGAAUGCUAUCCGUCUAAUAAGCUGUAUCAGUUGUGUUUUGCUUUGCUACGAUAUCUAAGAAAUAAUGGUCGUCCAGCUUUAAAUUUCUUCAAAGACCCUAAUUUUAAACAUUUUCAGGACUCGAUGGAUGCAGAAAUGAAGCGCCUAAUAGGGCAGGGUGUUGGUGCAAACGUUAAACAAGCUCAAGCCUUUUCUGAAGCUGAUGAGGAUAAACUCUGGACUUCUAAGCUCCUAGAGGAUCACACAGCAAGUGUUUUAUUAAACACAAUGGUGUUUCUAAUAGGAAAAAAAACUUUGCACUUCGAAGUGGUAGAGAGCACUGUCUUCUAAAAUUCAGCCAGUUGACACUGGUGCCGGCAUGUGGCACGGAACCUGAGAAAUUGGUGUACACUUCUUUCCGGGAGAAAAACAAUUUAGGAGGAUUAAAGCAUCGCAAUAUGAAGCGAAAGCGCGUGGAACAUUAUAUAAAUGAAGAGUGUCCCAGCCGAUGUUUGGUUCGAUUGUACAAGAAAUAUGUGGGGAAAUGCAGUUCAGAAGCCAUAGCGAAAGACAUCUUUUAUUUGAGUCCUCGCCGAAAGUAUUCUGAUUCAGAUAAAGGUACAAACAAGUUAUUUAGUUAGUUUUAUCGUUUAUUGUAUUUAAUUUCCAUUUUUAGCUUCAGCUGAAUUUUCUGUGUUUUAGUUUGGUUCACUUCAAAUCCAGUGGGCUACAACACACUUGGAGGGGUAUAGUUAAGAAGCUUUGUCGGGAUGCAAGAAUAGAAGGCAACUUUACAAAUCACAGUCUUAGAGCAACAAUGACAACUCGUGGUCUCUUAAAGGGAAUUCCAGAUAAGUUAAUUAUGGAAAAAACAGGUCAUAGAGACGUAAGGUCGUUACAGCAGUAUCAGAGACCUAGCAUAGAGUACAAAGUAGAAAUGUCAAAAGCGUUUGAUCAAGUUGGUAUGAUGCACACGUCUUUGGCGACAACCAGUACAACUAAUAGCGAGUGUCGGGAAGUCCGUGAAAAAUCUGAGGAGUUGGAAUUAGGAAGCGAAGUUACUGAAGAGCGAAGGUGA